AUGAACAUUUUUGCAAAGCUAUUAGGAAUGAUGGGAAUAUGUUAUGCAGUGAUUUUUUAGACAGGUUAUGUUGAUAAUUUUUAAGUUUGGCAAAAAGAGAAUGUUCUAUACACAGGUACAGAUAUAGGAAGAAGUUCGACAUAAACAAUAUAUUUCCUUGAAACUUUUCCUUGUGUUCCUUAAGUUUUCAUAACAACAAAAUUUAUUGAUUUAGAAACUGGACCUUAUUAAGAAUAUAAAUUUGAAAUCACUAGCAUAACGUAGAGUUGUAAAAUUUAGUUUUUUUAUAAAGGGUUUUCUGUAACAAUCACAUCAUAAGCUAGUUUGAAGAUCUAUGGUAUAGAGUUUAGAUAUUAUGCCAUGUGUGAUAAGAGAUUUUAAGUUUUCACCUUUUUCAAUAUGAAAAGUCCAUUUAAUUAAAAUCCAAAAAUUUAUCAUAAUAAUCCAAAUUAUGUUGUUGGUAUUGCAUCAAUGACUAGUAUUGGAUAUGAAGGUUCAUUUGAAUAUACUUUUGAUGUACAUUUAAAAUUAUGUUUUAGGUCGCCUAAAUAACAACGUCAUUUUGUGAAUUAAAAUUGUAUGUGUCUAGCUCAAUUAAACAGUUUGGAGGUUAAUUACUUUUAGGCACAAAAGAAGCUUUCUAUUAUCUUCCAGAAAUACCAUUUCCUGCUGAAGUUUCUGAUUUUAAAUAUAAAGAUGGUUGGGAAGGAUCUAAAUUAUUUACAAUUUAUACUAGAAUGAAAUAUUCAGAAGGAGAUAAUUUAAGAGUCAGAUUUGCUAAGAAUUUAUAGAUCAAUUCCGACGAGAGCAAUGAUCCCAAUGAUAAUGGUUUUAUUGCGAAUGUUUGUAAUUAUUUUUUCAAUAUUUAGGGUAUACAAGUAGAUUAGAUUAUGCUAAUUUUAGAUAUGGAGCUAUAAGAUAAAAUUUGCAAAUAGGAUAUUAUUAACCUUUUAAAUUAACAAAUUUAUUAAUAACUAAAAUUUUCGAUAACCAAUUUUCAAAUACACAUUCAUUAUCUAUUAAAGAGCUUAAUUUUGAAACUAUAGCUACAACCUUAUCGCCAGUUAUAAUAGACUUGAAUCCAACUAUUGACACUCUUACUAUUACUUAUUAAUAUCUUUGUUAAGUUGGCAAAACAUUAAAAAUUAAAAUGCUAAAAGAAACCUGUAAUUCAAAUUCAUUAUAAACAACAACAAUUGUAUGUUCUUCUAAAUUCAAAUAUUUAAAAAUUUAUUCAGUCUUUAAAGUUAUCAAACCAUAAUACUCAACUUUAAAUAUUCGAAUAGAUACUCAAGAAGUAAAUAUUUUACAAUCUUAUCUUGAUUACUAAUACAUAGAUUAAGAUAUUGCAAUCUUUGAAUAAUUUUGA